GAGUUCUUUAGCCAGAAUGGCUCUCUCAACCUCAGCAAUUUGUGUCGGUAAAAACUGGCUGAGAGAGCUCGAUCAACACAAAUUGAAACUCACCUCUCAAGUCAAAUCCGAUCGAGUCAUCCUCCAAUCGGACGGCCUCAAGUCCUGGGGAAGUGCAUCAAGCUUUUCCGGUUCUGAUCCUCGGGUUUGAUUCAUUCCCAGUAACUCGUAGCAUGGACGAUCCCGCCCCUCCAUCCCCGCCCAUGGCACUCACGGGGGCCGAGACGGCUGAUCCACCGCCCGCUAAGAAAGCCAAGGUAGACCACGAUUCAGAGACCACCCCUCCGGACCCGGUCGCUGAGACUCAAGCUGAGGAUGCUAAGGAUGCUAAGGAUGCUGAGAAUGUGCCGGAUUCGGAUACGCCCCUGGAUCCAUCCCUGGAAUCCAAGAAUGAUGAGUCCUCGUCGGGGAAAAAGGAGCGUCCGGCGGAUUUAGCCAAGUUCUGGAAGACGGUGGAAGACGAUCCGGCGGAUUUCACGGGUUGGACCUAUUUGCUCCAGUUUGUGGAUGCCAAUGCCAAUGAAGAUGAGGCUCGUGAGGCCUAUGAGGCCUUUCUUUUCCGAUAUCCCUAUUGCUACGGCUAUUGGAAGAAGUACGCGGAUUACGAGAAACGCCGAGAACACCCGGACCGUUGCCAGCGGGUCUUUGAUCAAGGGUUAAAGGCUAUUCCUCUGAGUGCGGAUCUGUGGCUUCACUACCUGAAUCACAUCAAGGUCGAAGAGAAGGAUCGACCCGAAUUUGUGCGCGCCCAAUUUGAGCGGGCUGUGGCGGCGUGUGGGCGGGAAUGGCGCUCGGACAAGUUGUGGGAUAGUUAUGUCAAAUGGGAGAAGGAAGGUCAAAACCAGGUGAAAGUCAUGGACUUGUACGAUCGCAUCUUGAGCAAUCCCACCCAAGGACUGGCCCAUCAAUUCGACAUGUUUAAGGAUUUCGUCAAAGAAGUUCAUCCCAAAGACAUGUUGGCCGUGGAUGAAUUCCUGGCUUUGCGCAAGGAGGUCUUGAGCGCCCUUAAGGCGGAAAAGGCUCCGGCAUCGACGGAUAAUCCGGCCGAGGCGGCCGAGGCCGAGCCGGCCGAGCCCGAGGUUCCGAUUUUGAGUGAAGAAGAGGAAAAUCAAGCCUUGCGUGAGAAACUGAUACACCAACGCAAGAAGAUGUACAAGGACACGGAGGAGAAGUCUCAGGAAAGGUGGAAGUUUGAGGACCAAAUCAAGCGGCCUUAUUUCCACAUGAAACCCUUAGAGCGAGGUCAAUUGAAGAAUUGGAAGGAAUAUUUGGACCAUGAAAUCACGGAGCGCAAGAAAGAGGGUGGCGAUGAGGAAGCAGUGGUCAUUCUCUUUGAAAGAUGUCUGAUCGCUUGUGCCUUGUACGAGGAGUUCUGGCAAAAGUACGCCCAAUGGCUACAAGAGCGGAGAGGUGAUCACGUCGAAGCCAUUCGAGAUGUUUACCGACGAGCAACCACCCAUCACUUGCCUACCAAAGUGGAUAUCCAUGUCCAGUACGCCGCUUUUGAAGAGGAGCAAGGCCAAUAUGAAACGUCCUUGGCCAUCUUGAAGAAGAUUCAAAAGGAGCAUCCCAAUUUGCUGAGCUUGGCGUUGCGACAGAUCAAUAUCGAACGCCGCCAAGGCAAUGUCGAGGCAGUCCACCGACUCUAUGAGGAGAGCAUCGACAAGUUCAAACCCCCUACCAAGUCCGAUCUGGCCAUCAAGUACUCCAGAUUUGUUCGCCUUCACUUGCGGGACUUCCCUAAGGCCAAAGCCAUCAUUGAAAAGGCGCUCGAAGCUGACGAUAAGAACCCCAAGUUGUACCUCCAAAUUCUGGACAUCAUGCUCCACGAAAACCCGUUGAAUGUGGAAGCAGUCACAGCCUUGUUUGACGUGGCUUUGGAGAAAUUGAGCAACUCCAAACAUCAGAUGCUCUUUUCGCAACGGAAAGUCGAGUUCUUGGAGGACUUUGGCCUGGACAUCAAAGGCUUGCAAGAGGCCCAAAAGGCCCACUCAGCAUUGGCUAAACAGACGCGCGAGGCUCAAGCCAAGGCCGACUCCACCAAAGAGGGCGAGGAAGUGGGCUCGGCCAUCAAGACCAUUGAGGGUCGUGGCGGAUCCAAGACCAAUGGCACCACCACCUACGCCGCUCCUGCGGCCAAUUCAGCCGCCUACGCGGCCCAACACAACAAUCAGUACCAACAAUACGGGGCCAGAUACAGCGCUCAAUAUGGCCAAUAUGGUCAAUACGGAAGCUACUAUCAAGGCAGCGGAGCUGGAGGCUAUUAUGGGGGCAGUAGCGGAGGCACUGGCGGUUACUAGAAUUAAGGACACCAAGAUUAUGGCAUUUCUUUUCACUUUUCACUAAUCUUCUUUUCUCUUUGCAGAAAAGGAAAAGAACUUAAAAAAUGGCGGAAAAAAACUUGAAAGAGAGAGAGAGAGGAAAAAAUAUCUUAGAUAACUAGCAAGAUUAGGAUGCCUUUGGUUCCUCCAUUGUUAGAUCUACUCAUUGGCAUUGUAAGCAAGUUCAAGCUAUAGGGUAGGCAAAACAUGUUCCAACAAAAUCUGAGCUGCGACUCAACAUGCAUUUCCGCCACCAUGAAGAAAACUAAAUUGUAAACGUUCUAUUAUUGUCCCCUCGCUGUUUUAACACACGCUUGUAUAUUCUCGUGAUUUGUCAAUAAAGUGUUCCCCUUUCGAG